AUGAUUAACAUUGAGUUGAAUGAUCUGGUCGAUAAACUAGACUUUGAUACACCUUCGAGCUUGCCAAAACUCGGUGUUUACAAAGUGGCACUCCAUGUCCUUCAAAUGUUACUUGCAUUCAUCACGCUAUGUAUUACAGCAUCAGUUAUAUCUGCAGAAAAUGCAUACAAAGGAUCCAGUCAAGCAGCUCCAAAUUACACAUUAGCAGUUACACUCAUCACACUUUUCGUGUCAGCCCCACUGGCCAUCUUUCCCUGGACAAUGAUGAGCAAAAAAGGACUCACUGCCAUUAGAAACUUCUUUUUGAGACCUCGCACUACGGUGAUCUUAACCUGCUUCAUGACAUUAGGCUGGUUUGCUGCCAUGGUUUCAAUGACUGUACACUCGACAAAUGAAUCCAAUUGUGCCUUGGACGAUAAAUUAAAAAAGGAUCAAAGCUACGUUCAUGCUUGGUCAAAACAGUGUAACUCUGCCAAGGCUUCAGCCGCCUUUUGCUGGAUCGCAUUUCUUGUCGCUGUUGCUACCGUAGUUUACAGUGCUAUUCUUUUCUGGCACGAAAAGAAAUUGAGACACGCAGAGCUAAACAACCAAGUUAACGCUGAUGCAACAGGCAAUAACGAAGGCAAUGAUACCAGCAAUGACUCUUCUUCAACCGCAUACGACGAUGAUGCUCGUACGAUUGUCGACAUGAAAUACUCUGAGAAGGAUCAGCAACCCGUAGCAAGUUAUGAAGGAUCUCCCAAUGGUGCAUCCCCUUGUGUUUCUCCACAACCACAGGAUGCACAGGCCGCAAGAUCAUACAUGUCAUCUCCCUCUGUUCCAAUGGUAGCUUCUGCCACUGGUUCUGUCAACAACUUUGCUUUACCCUACUCACCUUCAGUCCCAAGCAACACAUACUCCCCACUGUCUGCCCCAUAUACACCUUCAGCAAAUGCAAUAGCCUCUGUUGCAUACGCAGGGUCACCCUAUCCAGUAACUAAUGCCUAUAUACCUCAACAGCAGCAACCUUACAGCCCAUAUCAAACACCAUCGCCUUAUAUGAGUAAUGAUUCACCUUAUGGCUACCAUGAACAAGCUCCAUCUGCUCCAAAUGUUCCCAUUACCACAUCUCAAUACCCAGCUCCUUCUCAACAGCAAGCAUAUCCAUCAAGCCCAUUGUAUCAACAGACAUCCCCAGCCAUGUACCAAACCACUGCGCCAAGCCCCUUGGGUCAGAAGCACUCUGCAGCAACAUCAAUGUACCAACAGCCAUCAAACUAUAUUUCUCAAGAGUAUAACCCCCAUCUUGCGAAUAUAUAA